GCUCUGGGACCUGCAGGGGAAGAGAAAAGGGGGUCUCUUUUCCCCCCUGAGCAAACAGAGGUGGGAGAAUUUGAAAAGCGCAAGGCGCGAUCCACCGCUCCCAGCAACGCAUUCUCCGCGUUUGCAGAGACUGGAUCCACGUCCCGGCGCUUCCCCAGCCAGGGAUCCUUCUGAAGGAGAAGAAAUCAGGUUUUGCAAGUGGCCGUCAGGGUCUUGAGACAGGAGGAGGAGGAGGAGGAGCCGGCGACGUCCCUGAGGCGCUGGGCCCGGUGGCAGAGCCAGCAGAAGGCGCGACAGGCGGCACCGUCGAGAAGAAGGUCCUUUGCAAACUCACCUUGCCAGGUGGAUCGCCUGUGACAUUUCUCGGGCUGAGCAGUGGGGCUUUGAGUGGAUCCGGAGAAGGAGAGAGGAAGAAGGGGGGGGUGUUCACCACCCGCCACUCCUGGCGUGACCCAGCCGUCGGUCCGGUCGGUAGCCCCGAAACGGCCAUCCAUGGCUGACCAUGGAGCGCGCGGAGUCCGCUAGACUCUAGGACCAUGAAGCUUUGGCUAUGGGGAUACCUGGGCUGACUCCUUUCCUGUUAAUUUUGGGAUUUCUGGCUUCGGCCCUGCCUGCUCCCCUGCGGCCCCUCUGCGACCAAAGUGUCAUGGACAAAUUCAUCCAAGACGCCGGCAAACUCGAAAGUGAAAUCGUGGAGCUUUGCGGCAGGACUUCCUGCAGCUUACCUGAACACGUCACGGUGCUGGACACCCGGGUGAAUUUUCCGGCGUGGAAUGCCAUGAAUAGGUCGAGGCAGGCGUCUGAGGUGUGGCGGGGCCUGUCGUUCCUCUCUGCAGCCGUCCGCCAAGUCAGAAGCCAACAGCCGGCAAUGCAGCCGUUCCUCCGCCAGCUGGAGGUGGGAGAGAGUUACCUGCGGAGCAUCCGAGAGAUUCUGCGCGGCCACAGCGCCCAGGCAGCCCCCCACGACGAGAUCUCGCCCCGCACUUUGACGGUACAAACUGUGAACAAGCUGUUCAGUGUUUAUUCGAGUUUCCUUCGCGGAAAGGUGAAUUUGUUCAUCGCCGGGGCCUGUACGGGCAGCGGCAGGUGACGGCGGGAAGGCUGCAGCAUCGCUCACCACUCCACAUGCUGGCCCCAUUGCAAGGGGGGGCCUGCUUCGCCAGCUGAUAGAGUGACGGCUUGCUCGAUUGGCAGGUUUGCACACACGCACACAUGCGCCCCACGACUCCACCUGGAUUGCAGUUCUGUCCAAAGGGAGGGCCUCACCUCACCAGCAAGGAUGACAGCCCAGAGGCCGCCGUCGGGCCUUCCUGCACCUUGAGCUGCCUGCACACGGCUCCUUCCAGCUCCAGGCUCCACGCGUGGAAAGGAAUGAUGGGAUCGUUCGCCCUGGGCGGACGGAUGCCUUUCUCCCCAGAAUAGACCCAUGCAAGGCAUGAGGCUGGCUGGCUGGAUCUCUCAGCCGCCCCCAAAUUGUGAAGAGGGGAAGGAGACCCAUCCAGCGGACCGAGCGAUGCAGCCUGGGCAGGCAAACGUCCGCAGAGGCCGAGGUCCGUCUAGCUCAGCGUUCUGCUCACACGACCAGCUGCGUCCUGCUACGCCUCUGCAGUGGAGGGAGGCGAGCCGCGUGGCCAUCAGGGUGAAGGCAAGGCCUCUUCCGCCACCGCCACCCCAAGACCCCAGGAAGCCUUUCCCCAAGAGGGAGGGAGAGGAGCCCCCCCCUCUACAGAGCGAGGUGGGGCCCAUCCCAAACGCUGCAUCGGCCGAAGCCAUUGCGCUGCCGGGGUCAAGCGGUGCAGCGACAGAUUCUCCCCGUGGCCGAAGAGACGUGUCCCAGCAACCUGUCCUGCGGCCUCUCUGGCUGGCACGUGGCCGUGGAGGCUGGUGGCUCCAAUCUCAGUGGGGCGGAGAAUCCACUCUGGGUCUCAGUCAGAACGAGCCAGAAAGGAGCUCUCCAAGGUGAGAAGCACCUUUACCGUUCUGGCUGGUUCUGGCUGAAACCCGGAGCGGAUCCGGCGCCCCGCUGAUGUUGGAGCCACCAGGCUUCACUGGCCUGGUCUUGUUCACAGCUGCGCACGCGAUGUAGAUGAAUCGGUUUGGGCGGCAGGCUGGAAGGGGAGGAGAGGAAGGCGUGAGACAGAUACACUGGUGAUGUGGGGAGGUUUGUGGGGGGAGAUGAAAGGAGAGAAGCACAGCAAGGAUUUGGUGAGGAAAGGAUGUGGAACCAAGAAGUUUGGUAGAGGAAGGAAGGAAGGAAGGAAGGAAUCCUUCGCAGUUCUCCAGUCCCACCAAGGAACAUCUACGGGACGUCUUUUCUAGGCCUCAGAGGACCUCAAAUGUUUGACAUUGGGGACGAUCCGGAGCUGGUUUCUGGGAAUCGCCAAUUUCGCAAAGCAAAAAAUGCAUGUGAAUAUUUUUGUGGUGGGCUUGUGGUGGUUCUAGGCACAUGCUCACAUGCUCACGCAGAUCCUGGGAAGGCGGAGGGAUGUUUUCACAGUUCUAUCCAAACUUUUUUUUUUCUGCUAUGAACGUUCAAGGCCAAAGUAGCUUCUUUCAAGCUGCAGUCCUACGCCCGCUUACUUGGGAGUAAGCCACCUCAAAUUGAGUGGGAUUUACUUCUGCAUAAACAUGCAUAGGAUUGCACUGCGGGGUUUUAAAGCAUUGACAGUAGAAUGGAGCGAUUGGGAAUGGGCAGACGGACGUGGGAGAAGGGGUGAGCUUGAUAAUAUGACUGGCAGGUGUCAAUCAUAUCACUACCAGGCUUGGGAAGUGAAGCACUGCCAAAUCUUAAAGUUGAGCCAAUUUGGA